GAGAGAUCACGGAUAUAGUGAAUGCAGGGUCCGGGAGAGACCGGAUAUAGUGAAUGCAGGGUCCGGGGAGAGCGGAUAUAGUGAAUGCAGGGUCCGGGGAGAGCGGAUAUAGUGAAUGCAGGGUCCGGGGAGGAGCGGAUAUAGUGAAUGCAGGGUCCGGGGAGAGCGGAUAUAGUGAAUGCGAGGGUCCGGGGAGAGCGGAUAUAGUGAAUGCAGGGUCCGGGGAGAGCGGAUAUAGUGAAUGCAGGGUCCGGGGAGGGGCGGAUAUAGUGAAUGCAGGGUCCGGGGAGGCGGAUAUAGUGAAUGCAGGGUCCGGGGAGAGUGGAUAUAGUGAAUGCAGGGUCCGGGGAGACCAGAUAUAGUGAAUGCAGGGUCCGGGGAGGGCGGAUAUAGUGAAUGCAGGGUCCGGGGAGACCAGAUAUAGUGAAUGCAGGGUCCAGGG